UCGUCUUCUCUUCCACAGUUAUAUUGCAAAGCCUUUGCAAAGAUGGGGGACGACAAGCCUUUUGUGUGCAGUGCUCCUGGCUGUGGGCAGAGGUUUACUAAUGAGGACCACCUGGCUGUUCAUAAACACAAACAUGAAAUGACGCUGAAGUUUGGACCCGUUAGAACGGACUCCGUCAUCAUUGCAGACCAGACGCCGACUCCCACUCGUUUCCUGAAAAACUGUGAAGAGGUGGGCCUGUUCAAUGAGCUGGCCAGCUCGUUCGAGCAGGAGUUCCCCAAGGCCCAGGAAGAUGAGGACAAGAGGGCCAAGAACCCGUUGCCUGCUCCUAAUUCAGGAGCACUUGACAUGAGUUUGCAGACGCCUUCAGACAUUAAGGUGAAGGAGGAGGACCCUGUGGAGGUGGACUCUUCUCCGCCUGCCAGCCCUGACUCCAUCUCCAGCAUGUCAGACAGCAGCAGAGAGCCCGUCAGCAGAGGAAAGAAUUCUCCUCUUAAGCCUGCCGUGAGUUCGGCUCCCACCCCUGCCAUAGUGCGUCCUGGCUCCCUCCCACUGCACCUGGGUUAUGACGGCCUGCAGCCCACCAUGCCCUCCCCUACCUCUGUCAUCACACACACCCCACCAUCCAACCGCACACUGGGAUCUCCCACAGUGCCGUACCCAAUGAUGAUGCUUCCCAAUGGUCAAACAGUUCCUGUGCUUCCAGGUCCUAUGCAGAUGCCCUCUGUAAUAUCUCUGGCGAGGCCCCUGUGUAUGGUGCCCAACAUUCCAGGAAUUCCCGGCCCUCCACUAGGGGGCAGCAGCAGUGGCUCGUCUUCACCCUCAGGCUAUUACCCCCACAAUGAGGCAAAGAUGAGGUUGAAGGCAGCAUUAUCUCAGCAGAUGCCCACAGCUCAGGGUUGCCUUGGUGUGGCGAUGGGGUCCAGUGCGAUGGUCCCUCAGAGAGUGGAGCAAAGCCAGCUGCUGGUCCAGCAUCCAGACGCCCCGUCCCCUGCUCAGCCACAGGUGUCACCCGCUCAGCCCACCGGAGGUCGCCGGCGGAGGACGACUGAUGACGACCCUGAUGAGAGGAGGCAGCGCUUCCUGGAGCGGAACCGGGCUGCAGCCUCUCGUUGCAGACAGAAGCGCAAGAUAUGGGUCAGCUCUCUGGAGAAGAAGGCCGAAGAACUCUCCUCCAUCAACGUCUCGCUGUCGAACGAGGUGUCUCAUCUGCGAAACGAAGUUGCUCAUCUGAAGCAGUUGCUGUUAGCUCACAAAGACUGUCCCGUCACCAACCUCCAGAAGAAAGCCGUCUACUUGGGAGAGGAGCACAUGAAAGAGACGUCUGAGCCCACGGGCUCCCCGGCACCGGUCAUUCAGCACAGCUCUCUGGCCCCCAGCCCCUCAUCUGCGGUAGGCCCCAACGGCCUGAACUCCCGCGCUGCAGCCGAGGCGGUGGCCAUGUCAGUGCUGGCAGGGAUGGGCAGCCAACGAGGGGAGAGUGGUGGCCCGUCACACGUCAUCAUGGCCACACAGUCCCACCCAUCCAACAGAUGAUGACAGCAGGUAACAGUCUGCCUGGGACUCUCUGCAUCCCGGGAGAGGGGGGCAGAUCUGCCAGAGGAGAAUGCUGGUUCCCUCUCAUGCCAUCAAGCUCUGGCCUGGAGCUCAGCUGCAUUCUGGGAAUGAAACUGGGACUAUGUACACAUAUAGAGAGAGACAGAAGGAGAUUGUCGUUCACUAUGCCAUAGACUACGGGGGCUGGACUCCAAACCAUGCUCUCAUUUGCAUCCUCUGUAACUCCUGCUCCUUCCUUCAACUUCCUCCUGCUCCUUCACUGGCUGUAGGGCUGCAAAGCACUUCCUGUCAUUAAAUGUAUCACCACAGACACACGCUGCAAUAAAGACAUUGUUCGUUUGAACCG